AAGUACUUUUAUGUCCUUUUCAAAGCUGCCAGGAUGUCAGUGCGCAAUUGCGCAGCCAGGAAACCCUGCGGAGAGAAACGGGGUGCUUGAAAACUACCGCAGCGCGUCACCAGAAGAAACCCCCUGUUGUGAUCACAUUCCCAUGAAACGGAAUCCCAAAUUUUACGCAUGCUUAUCAGGUGAGGAUCCUCUCUAUGAAACCCCUGCCAGCUAAUCGUAGCCGUUGGAGGAAAGCUUGUUGAAGAUGUUUGAUUCUCGGAGAAUGUGAGCAUUGCAGUGGAUGAAAAUGUAGUGGCUGCAACUCACGAUGACAGUUUGCAUCAGGACUGCAGAUGCACUCAUCAAAAGUCUGGAUUGUUAAGUGGAAGCACCAUGGACGCAGCGGACGUGGCCGCUUCCGUGUUGGUUUUGGGGAUUAUUAUCGUGUCACUGCUGUCCAAUGUUAUGGUGCUGAUCUGCUUUCUGUACAACCCGGAGAUCCGCAAACAGGUACCCGGUCUGUUUAUCCUCAACUUGACGUUUUGCAACCUGUUGCUAAGUGUGUCUAACAUGCCUUUAACUCUGGUUGGGCUCAUCACCACGGGACACCCCGGAGGCAGCAGCUUCUGUCAGAUUGUGGGUUUCCUCGACACUUUUCUCACCACAAACUCCAUGCUCAGCAUGGCAGCUCUCAGCAUCGAUAGGUGGGUGGCGGUGGUGUUCCCGCUGAGCUACCACUCCAGGAUCCGUCACCGGGAUGCAGUGAUCGCGCUCGGCUACACGUGGAUACACUCACUUUGUUUCUCCACCGUGGCCACCUGCCGCUCCUGGGUUGGGUACCACCACCUUUACGCAUCGUGUACCCUCUGCAACGUGAGGGCGAAGGGAGCCGGAAUGCAGUUUAUCCUCUUCACGGUGGCUCUACACUCUCUCACGUUCCUACUCACGCUCGUUGUGUUGUGUGUAACGUACCUGAAAGUGCUGAAAGUUGCGAGGUUUCACUGUAAACGCAUCGACGUGAUCACCAUGCAGACGUUGGUGCUGCUUGUGGAUAUCCAACCUAGCGUGCGCCAGAAAUGUUUGGAUGAGCAGAAGCGGAGGAGGCUGAGAGCCACCAAGAAGAUCAGCACAUUCAUCGGCACAUUUGUGGUGUGCUUCAGCCCCUAUGUCAUCACAAGACUCGUCGAGCUCUUUGCCCCAGAGCCUAUAAGCCCUCACUGGGGCGUGUUGUCCAAAUGUUUGGCCUACAGCAAGGCAGCAAGCGACCCGUUUGUCUACUCGCUGCUCCGUCACCAGUACAGGAAGACGUGCAGCCUGCUGGCUAACAAAGUCCUCAAGAGGAGUCAGCUCAACUCAUCCUCCCUCAGGAUGGAGAGCAACACAGGGAGGAGCAACAACAACGCCAACACAACCAACAACAUCCAACCAACCACCAACAAGCCUGUAUAGGACAGUGAAGGUCAACACUCCCAGAGACAUUUUGUGUACUUUCUGAGCUGAAGGUUCAUAUUUUUUAUCUGACACUCAUGAGAAUCUGGGUAUGACGGUACGUUGGCCUCUGUUUGAUGAUGAAACAUCCAAGUUAGCAGGCUUGGGACUUAAUUGCUUGUGAGAGGACAGGGCUGUAUUUUUCUUACUGUCAAAAAUUCCAUGAAAAAACAAAACCAAACUCCAAAUACUGCCCCUUCCUGUCAGUGGCAAGAUUAUUUGUUUCCACUGUGGGGAUAUAAGUCUUAAAAAUAGGUCACAAAUACAACAUAUAACAAAGUUCACUUGAAAAAUGCAAAAUAAUUUCCUCUAACAGGUAUUGCAGUUUUUUAAAUGUCCCUUGCAGGGAAGUAAAAGUGAAUUUGUAGGGGACAACUUACAGAUUUGGUACAUCAGGGAUCAUGGGAUUAACUCUGAAAAAGGUCUGUGUUCACAGUGAUGAAGAAACAUGUCGCCCAGUCCAACACUGUGGCCCCUAGAUGUAUUUUAAUCUGUUUCAAUAGCAAUGGAGGUCUGUAGCAGGGAGGAAUAAGCUGUAGUGAAAUAAUUAUUUCCAGAGGGAUAGAUCACAUGCCAAAUCUUCAAGAGUAAUUGAGUGACCACUUUUGUAGGUUAUAUGUGUAGUUUGGAGUGUAUUAAGUAUUUUUCUGCAGGGUUAAACGCUCUAAUGAGAGUUUUGUAGCAUCUUAGUAAAUUUGUGUCAAAAAGCUUGUGUCUCAUAGAUAUCAACAUCAACAGUUAUAGGGGUGGGGAUCAAAACAUGGUUCCAUUUUAAAACCCCAAAACCAAUAACAUUUAAGCUUAUCAAUUGUGCUAUUGAGUCUGAGUUGUUUUUUUUUUACAUUUAACCCCUUAGUGGCCAUAUUUAAUAUGCUGGGAGUAAAGUCAAAUAUUAAUUGACAUAUUAUAAAGAGUUAUAGAAAUCUAUCUGGUUUGGCAAUGGAUUAGUAAUCAAAUAUAAGACUUUCAGCUGUCAGUCCUGUCAAAUUUAAAAGUCAGUUUUGAUUUUUUGUAAAUAUAUCAAAUGUCACCAUAACACACAAAGUUAACAUAGAUUUAGAGCAGGGAUGUUCUAAAGUGACUAUUUUCCAAGUGGUUUAAUAAGACAUUUAAAGUCUAACUAACCAAUUUACAAUUUACUUACCACAGCUAAAGACAGGUUUACAGAGUCUGUGGUUCAUUGGUGUCAAAUGUGUUUGCCAAGUGUGGCCAACGUCAGCAGAGCUAGAACCACCAGCCUUCCAUCCUCCUUGCAGGUUCAUGUCCACAAACCUGUGCUUAUUACACAUUGCUCCUGUCGAGUAGUUAAACUCCUGUUUAACCAGACACAGCAUAGAUACAACUUUAUCUUUAUUUUCUUAAUCAUAAUACUGCCAAACUGUACCGCAUCAUGAGAUGCCAACUGUCAUCUGUGCCUCUUUACAUCCUGGUAGUAUAGCAUUUUAGCUAUAGCCCUGGCUGGUGGUGAGUGGCUGCAUUACAGACUGUUUUUUUGGGCCUUCAGUAAUAUUCAAAGUUUGUUACAUUUUGGUGCAAACUACCAAGGGGGACAACAUUUAGUCAUUUAGUUGACAAAAUACACACAUCCCUAGUACAGAUACUUGUUUUUACCUAACUGCAACUCCAACAAGUGGUUAAACCAAGCAGUCGUUGCACUGCUGUGGUCUUAUUGGUUGAAGGACUUCCUGGUUAUGAUUACUGAAUUGAUGACCUGAAGGCAAUGGCUAAAUUUCCUGAUGAAAUGGAAUCAUAAAUUCUCACCCUAAUGAUGAUUCUUAUCAUAUACUGUAUAUAUUGGACAUGUUGUAGUCAUACUACAGUCAUUUUGUAUACAGAGAAUCAAGAGAGACGUGACUGUACAUGUUGUAGCCGAGGCCUGAGUUCUAAAGUGCCUUUAACACUAUGAGCUCUUUGAUUCAGUCAAAACACCACAGAGGAAACCUUUCACAAUGUGUUAUUAAAUUCUUGGUAAUCUGUUUUGUGGUUGAAUGUGAUGGUAGAGCCCGUAAAAGCAGUUUGGUCAAAUUGUAAGGAAUUUAUAAGUACUGUUUAUUUUGUAUUUUCACCAAGUAGUAUUGUUGCACCAGGAAGACGAGGGUUGAACUAUAUUUGAAUGUGGUAGCAACUCUUCAGUGACGUAUAACGAACAUUACAGCUCAUGCCAUGUGAGCACAGAUGUGUCAUGUCUGGGUUGUACAAAUUAUUCAUUUUGACACCGGCAAAUCAGGAUGUUUUGUUUUUACUCUGUGACAGUAUGAAGCCUUUAAAAGGUGUAAAAUCUAUUUAUUUUUGCCAGAACUGUGAUUGAUUUUUGCUAAAUACGUUUGUGAUUUUAUUCCAAUAAAUGCUGUGCAUUUUGACAUUUUAAGAA